ACGAUGUAUUACAUUCUACACGAUAUAUACACUGCGUUUAAAGCAAAUACAAAACAGUUUAUACCACGAGAGGAAUCGGCCUAUAUAUACGUACGUGGUUGUUUAUAUUAUUGCGAUUAGAGUAUAAUGUAUGCCAGAUAACACUGUAAGCAUAGUACUCUCUCUCUUUAAGAGAGUACUAUGGUGUAACCACUAUACGAAUAAAAUAAUUUAAAACUUGCGUGUUGUUCUCUCUAAAUAAUGUUUGAACGUUGUGUGUUUUAUGUCAGCUGCGUAGUGUUGCGGUAUUGCAUUUGUGGCAAAGGCCGAAGGUACACGGUUCAAUCCACCUCUAAUACGUUUGCUGUUAGAACCAGCUUAAAGUAUUUCGUAUUGAUAACGUGAUUAUUCGUACCACAAACAACUCCCCUCUCCAAAUCAAAAUAUUCAAAUUCAGGAAAAUAGCGUGCCCGUAUGCGUAACAAUUGUGCCCGUAUGUGUAACUACGACAUAUGACGACGUUGCUCGGCAACAUUUGACGCUUUUUAGGUUUUCGUUAUUUUUGUGUAUUUUUACCCGCGCUGCAAUUUUGACCAAAUUAAAAUGGAAAAAGAUCAAGCAGGGGUUGGCUGGGGAAGGCUGGCGGCGUCAAGAUUCGCAAAAUCUCCAAAGGACAUUCAAAAUGAAAUCCUAAAAGCGUUAGAAGGAAAAUUACACGUAGAUUUUCCCAUUCCAUCGCCGGAUUACUCACAAUGGCAACGAAUGUCUCUUCCCCCACCCCCCUCCACCCAACCUUCACCAACAAAAUCCGCGUCUCAUAAAAGUAUUCGUUCGAAGAAUCGGCCAUUAACAGGCACCAGUGGAACAACAGCUUGUUCCUCAUUAUGUUUGCAUCCAUGGAAUAAAAAGGAACCAGUGGUCGAUCUUUCUGCUGAGAUCGAAAAAACUCAACGGAUAUCAAUCUUACAUGCGAGGAUAGAAGCAAGGAAAAAAUCUUUAGAGCAAUAUACGAAACUGAAACAGGAUCUCAAGUCAAAUAACGAAGCUUUAAAACAAGAAAUAAUUUCUCGGGAAGACACAACGCAUGUUGGUGUUCGUAAGCUGCUGGAAAAAUACGAGCGAUACACUUCUGCUUCAAAAGUUUUAGAGAGGAAUCAUUCGAACCAAGUGGAAGCGGCACGGAAGGAUCUGCAAACUAAAGCCGAAAUGUUUGCAAAUAAUAUAUCAGAAUUAGCAAAUGAAGCAGAAUACCUGGAUGGUAAAGUUCAGUCUUAUCUGUAUGACUUACAGGUGUUACGUACAUACAAGGAUAAGGAAUACCCUGUGAAAGCAAUGUGUAUUGCUAAGCUUACCAAUAAUGUUGGGAACCUAUCUACAGAACACAGGAUGCAACUCGAAGAAUUGAAGCGAAUAAUUAACGGUGAGCGGGGAAAGAUGGAGGGCCACCAUGUGACCAAAACACAAGAAAUUGUCGGAAGUGCAGCCAGGAAUGCCUUCGAUUCUUGCACCUCUAGAUCGCUACAACAAUUAUCGAGGAAAAACCAAGUCUUAAUGUACGAGAUUGUACAGAAUAAGCAAGAUAUAGAAGAACUAAAGAUAGUUGUUCAGCAACUGCAAUAUGAAGUAGACGCCCUUGCCAAUAUGAGAGAAACAAAUGUUAGAAAAUUUGUAUUUCCAGAGUUAAACAUAAUGGACAAGGCUACGUGUCAACCAGAUGAGGAAAUAUAUUUGGACAUUCCCAAACUACAACUCCUGCCAAUUUAACAUAUAUACAUCGCAAAAAAUAUAAAAAAACUUUUAAUGAUAAAUUUUGUUAAAAUUUAAAAGCUUGCAUAUUUUGAAAUCUCGAUACAAGAACUUAAAACAUUGCGAAAUAAUUUGCAUAUAAAACCAGUCAGCUAUGAUUGAUUUGAAAUAUGAUUAUUGCGUCACAAUGUGUUGUAUUCUGCUCUCUACUGCCGCGACAAGAGCCGCACCCCUGCCACUCCCAUCUGUGGAAAGUUGGAAAUCGAUAUUAAGUUCCGGCGCCAAUCUAUGGGUUGUGUUUAUCAAAAGAGACUUGAACCUGGAAAAAAGGAAUUGUUAGAAAUUGUUUGUUAUAUUUUUCGCGACAAAUUUUACUGACGAAGUGUUAAAAAGCUUAUUAUGGUCAGUUUUUUCAAAUAUAAAAUUCUCUUGUUUUUU